UCCUCCGCUUGUGGAAUAGAGCGGACGCCAGAGCGAAUCUUUCCCGGGCCGGGGGUCCCGUCGGGGUUCCGUGUGAAUCAUGGCCGACAGCGCUGGGAUUCAGCAAGGUUCGCCGGCCAUCGGGGCUGCGGGCCUGGUUCCGGCCGCACCUGGAGCCGGGGGGACGGAAGGCUCCGGCGCCGCUGGAGGAUCCGCACGUAUCGCCGUGAAGAAGGCGCAACUCCGCUCUUCAUCUCGGCCAAAGAAACUGGAAAAACUCGGAGUGUAUUCAUCCUGCAAAGCUGAGGGAGCCUGCAAGUGUAAUGGCUGGAAAAGUCAAAACCCCCCUCCCACACCCCCACGUACCGACCAGCCGUCUAGCACAGUCAACCUGCAGGAGCCUUGCCGGAGCUGCUCUCACACUUUGGGUGAUCAUGUGACCCAUUUAGAAAAUGUUUCUGAGGAGGAAAUGAACAGACUAUUGGGUAUUGUCCUGGAUGUAGAGUAUCUCUACACAUGUGUUCACAAAGAGGAGGAUGCUGACACUAAACAGGUCUACUUUUCCCUCUUCAAACUGUUGAGGAAAUCCAUCCUACAGAUGGGUAAACCAAUGCUGGAAGCACAGGAGAGUCCUCCAUUUGAAAAACCCAGCAUCGAGCAGGUCAUUACAUUUCUCUCAUGUUCAUCAACGCGUAUCAAUACGAAUGUUUUUAUCGUGUCUAUAUGUUUUCUCUUCUGCAAAAAGGGGGUGAACAACUUUGUCCAGUACAAAUUCAGCCACCUGCCCAUUAAGGAACGUCAAACCAUCAUGGAACUGGCCAAGAUGUUUCUCAACCAAAUCAACUACUGGCAGCUUGAAACGCCCUCUCAGAGACGCCAGAGGGUUCCUAAUGAGGAUGCCGCUGGAUACAAAGCCAACUACACCAGGUGGCUGUGCUACUGCAACGUGCCUCAGUUCUGUGACAGUCUGCCCCGGUACGAGACCACUCAGAUCUUCGGCCGGACGCUGUUGCGUUCAGUGUUCACUGUGAUGAGGAAACAACUGCUGGAGCAGGCGAGACAGGAAAAGGACAAGUUGCCACCAGAAAAACGUACACUCAUCCUCACACACUUUCCCAAGUUCCUGUCCAUGCUGGAGGAGGAGGUGUACAGCCAUAGUUCUGCGAUCUGGAGACAAGACUUCUUGGCAGGAGCGCCAGGAGGGCAGAUACCUAUCCACACAGUUAUCAGUGCGCCCUCUGUGGCCAGGCCAUUGUACUACAGCACCAGCCCCGUGCCAGUGGACCAAUCGACCUGCGGCAGUGUCAGCCCUGCCAGGAAAACAGUUUCUGUAUUGGAGCCAAGCCCAGUUGGAGAAAAGCGUAAACCCACUGAGCCACUGCCCCAUGAGGAAAGCAAGAGACCGAGGGUAGUGGGCGACAUCCCCGUGGAGCUCAUCAAUGAGGUCAUGGCAACCAUGACCGAUCCUGCCGCCAUUCCAGAGACCAGUCUGCUGUCAGCUCACUCUGCACGCGAUGAAGCUGCUCGCCUCGAGGAGCGCAGGGGGGUGAUUGAAUUCCACGUUAUUGGUAACUCCCUAAAUCAGAAGCCCAAUAAGAGGAUCUUGAUGUGGCUCGUCGGCCUCCAGAACGUGUUCUCUCACCAGCUGCCCCGCAUGCCCAAGGAGUACAUCACGCGGCUGGUCUUUGAUCCGAAGCACAAGACGCUGUCACUUAUCAAAGAUGGCCGCGUGAUCGGAGGGAUCUGCUUUCGAAUGUUUCCAUCGCAGGGCUUCACGGAGAUUGUCUUUUGUGCGGUGACCUCCAACGAACAGGUCAAGGGUUAUGGGACACAUUUAAUGAACCACCUGAAGGAAUAUCACAUAAAGCAUGAAAUCCUCAACUUCCUCACUUACGCUGAUGAGUACGCCAUUGGCUACUUCAAGAAACAGGGUUUCUCAAAGGACAUCAAGGUUCCCAAGGCCAAAUACGUGGGCUACAUCAAGGACUAUGAAGGAGCCACGCUCAUGGGCUGUGAACUCAACCCCAGCAUUCCCUACACCGAGUUUUCUGUCAUUAUCAAGAAGCAGAAGGAGAUCAUCAAAAAGCUGAUCGAGAGGAAGCAGGCGCAGAUCAGAAAAGUCUAUCCGGGGCUUUCCUGUUUUAAGGAAGGAGUUCGACAGAUUCCCAUCGAGAACAUUCCUGGAAUACGUGAAACUGGCUGGAAGCCUGUGGGCAAAGGGAAGGAAUUGAAGGACCCAGAUCAAUUGUACAGCACUCUGAAGACUAUCCUGCAGCAUGUGAAGAGUCACCCGAAUGCCUGGCCUUUCAUGGAGCCAGUGAAGAAAACAGAGGCACCCGGGUACUAUCAAGUAAUUCGCUUCCCAAUGGACCUUAAGACAAUGAGCGAGCGUCUGAAGAGCAGAUACUACACGACACGCAAGUUGUUCAUGGCCGACAUGCAGCGCAUCUUCACCAACUGUCGGGAAUACAACCCUCCAGAGAGCGAGUACUAUAAGUGUGCCAAUUUACUGGAGAAAUUCCUCUACACCAAGAUCAAAGAAGCAGGCCUCAUUGAAAAGUAGAAGAAAGGAAGAAGUUUCUCCUCCCCUUAACAAAAGAUGAGACUCUACAUGUUUAGGGUUAGGUUAUGGGUCAUGCAAAGACAUCUACAUGCUUGGAGGAGUUAAGAACUGGACUACUGACUCGAGCAGAAAUACAUAUCUUAAUUUAACAGAUGUGAACGAUUCUCAGAUCAGCACUCUUUUGAUGUUAUGCCACCCCAGCUUGGACUGAUAUUAACACUGAAAGAUGCAUUAACGGGAGGCCUUCAAUGAAGCCUAAUUGAAGGUCUCAUUGAAGGCCUCAUUGAAGGUUUCAUUGAAGGCCUCAUUGACGGCCUCAUUGAAGGCCUCAUUGAAGUUCUCAUUGAAGGCCUCAUUGAAGGUUUCAUUGAAGGUCUCAUUGACGGUCAUAAUGAAGGCCUCAUUGAAGUUCUCAUUGAAGGCCUCAUUGAAGGGCUCAUUGAAGGCCUCAUUGGAGGUCUCUUUGAAGGCCUCAUUGAAGGCCUCAUUAAAGGCCUCAUUGAAGGCCUCGUUGAAGGCCUCCGAGACUGUUGCUGACAUUAAGCAAAAGAAGCAAAUUGAUGUUUUAUUUCAUCACGUAUCCCAAAGUCCCAUGGGAAAAGAGGGCAGUGGAAGGUGUCGUCGUGAUACAUUUGAACCAGGACAGAAAACGUCCGUUGUUAUUUUUGUGGUGGACAUUGAAAAGUGACAAAGAUUGACGGCUGAUUGGAGAUUCACUUCCUCCAUCUCUUCUCUCCUUGCUUUCCAUACUUUCACCCCCGGCCUUUCUGAGUGUCUGCCUUUCCCUCUCAGUUGACUCAGGUAGAGUUGUGAAGAGCAGUAACCACAUCUACGUUGUAUUAAGUCAUUAUUACACAAUACCUGUGAGAAACGUGACUGAGAGUUCAGGGUUUCCUGUCUAUUUAAUUUUGUUUGUGUUAAUGAGGUCAAAGCUUGUCUGUGAUGAGUUCAUCCUGCCAAAAGAGGAAUACAUACUUUAAAUAUGUACAGAUUUGAAUUAUUUUAAAGCACUUAUACCCACUGUAUAUUUUAAAUGUGUAAAUAACAUAUAUUUUCUGUUUCAGAACAAAAAACAAUAUUUUCCCCCCCAAUAUGCCACAUAGGGCAGUUUGACUAUCGAAAUGCACUUUUAUUAAGUAUUUGUUAGAAUAUUUUUUCCUCUUCUUUUCAGAAUUUGUUUUCCACUUAAAUUACCGCUGUUCACUAAGGACACAAUUCAAUUACCUAGAAUUUAUUCUUAUUUAUAUUUUGUAAUUUAAAAGAAUUAUGCUUAAGACAAGGUCUUAAUUUAUUCUUUAUUAUUUUUGUCCUGCAAAUGGAGAUUGAUAACGUUAUACUUUGGAGAUAUAUGAAAAAAUUGUGCAUUAAUAUGUAGUUUUGCUGUUUUGUAAAAAGGUGUUUGUACUUUUCAAACUUUAAGAAAAAAAUACAUUUUGUAAUAUGUCUGGGAAAUGAUCUUAUGCUCUUUGUACAACUGGUUUUAAUGACAUAGUAUUAGCCUAUUUUAUAGACUGAAUAAAACAGAAGUGAGGCUAA